UUAGACCGCUGACUUGCCAAAGACAACCACAGACUCAAAGAAACUCUUGUUACACAGAAUGACAUGGCUUUGUUAACCAAUUGCAUCACACCCAUUGUAGCCAUCCUUGUGACCUAAUUCUACCUCCUUGUGAACUUCUGUAAACAAACUAGUGACAGUGACUCAGUUUCUCUUGAAUUGCUUCACACCCUUACGGACUAACUAUGCAUAUCCUGAAUUGACCCCAAAUUGAGUACCUGCAUUAGCUAACGCAAACAUCAGCUCAUUGUUUGUUUCCUUCCUCUUUUGCAGAAUGCUGUCUGGGAAUGAAUCCUGGGAUAACAGCCACAGCAGCCUGGUGCUGGUGGUCUACAUCAUCACUUUCCUGAUUGGCUUCCCUGCCAAUGUUGUGGCCUUCUACACCUUUGGAAAGAAGGCGAGGCAGAAAGCCAUGCCCAUCAACAUCCUGCUCCUCAACCUGACCAUCUCGGACCUCCUCUUCCUGCUCUUCCUGCCCUUCAAGAUGAAAGAGGUGGUGGACAACCAUAUAUGGAACUUGCCCACCUUCCUGUGUCCAUUGACCAGCUUUGUCUUCUACACCACCAUCUACAACAGCAUCUUCUUUCUUACCGCCAUCAGCAUUGAACGCUACCUGGGGGUGGCCUUUCCCAUCAAGUACAAACUCAUAAGACGGUCUUUGUACGCCACGGUGGCUAGUGUCGCCUUCUGGGCGAUCUCCAUGGCGCACGUAAGUAUUGUCUACAUCAUUCAAUAUUUAGUCGAUUACAAUGCCACCCAGAAAGGGAACACGUGUUACACAAAUUUCACCCAGAUGCAGCUGCGGGUCCUGAUACCUGUCCGUCUGGAGCUCUUCCUGGUUCUAUUCUGUGUACCUUUCAUUAUCUGCUGCUUCUGCUACAUCAACUUCAUCCGAAUCCUCUCUCAGCUGCCCAGCAUCAACCCCAAGAAACGUCUGCGGGCCAUUGGCCUGUCUCUGGGGACCCUGCUGGUGUUCAUCGUCUGCUUCGUGCCCUACAACCUGUCACACUUAGUGGGCUUUGUUAACUGGGAGAGUCCCGAUUGGCGGAUGGGCGCACUCUUGUCCAGUACCAUCAACGCCAGCCUGGACCCCAUCAUCUUCUACUUCUCCUCGUCGGCCCUCAGGUGUACCUUCCACCUCUUCCUAAAGAACCUGUUGGAGAGGGUGCAGGGGUUGUGCUGUUGCAGUAAGGCUCUCUACUGCGCUGUGUUGUUCUGCACCAGAACUCAGAAGGACAGCACACCAAGCUCCAAUGACAACAUGUGUCAAACUCAUUCCACAGAGGGCCAAGGUUCUGCAGGUUUUUGCUCCUCCCGUGUACUUGAUUGAUGAAUUAAGGUCACUAACUAGUAAAGAACUCCCCUUACCCGGUUGUCUAGGCCUUAAACCAAAACCUGCAGACUCUAGCUCCUCCAUGGAAUGAGUUUGACACCCCUGUUUAUAGUGUGUAGUCAAGCCAUAUGCGUCGCUUGCUACAUAAGUUAGCUAAAUGCUAGCCUGUCCAAUGUGUUUAUUGCACUUAGGUUCUUAUGGAAAAGACUGAGGACUAUGCUAUCUGUCUUUAUAAGUAGCCUAUACAUGAAUCAGUUGCGGUCGGUGCCGUUUACGAUGAGGGAGGAUGAUUUUUUAUUUUUUUAUGAGCAUGGCCUUAUUUCUAUUACAGCAUAUUAGAUGACUGUCAUUCAUAUUCCAUU